AUGCGCCGUGUGUGUCACGCCAAGAUCGGGACACAGGGCUCUCGAUGCAUCUCGGGUGUGGCUCCCGUUCUUUAUUUCCCACCGGUCGCUGCUGUAAAGAUCAGUAAGGAAGAACAGGUGAAAAGAAAUACUGGUAUCGCAAUUGAGAUGAUUAAACGUUAUAAAGGUGAAAAACCCCCUCAGUACACCCGAAAAAGCACAGCUACAAUAGAGCAAGUUGAGAAGGAGAUUGAUGCGUUGCUUGGUGGGGCUGAAAAACUGCGAAAAAACACAACUGAUGAUCAACCAAUGGAUAAACUUACUCUUAUGGAACGUUGUCUUCGUCAUGCGCUUUGGUCAUAUCAUAAAGAGGAGGGCAAGUAUGACUUUGAUCAAAUAGCUAAAUGGGUUGUUUAUACCCCUGAUGAUGAGGCCAAAUUGGCUCAGUUAAAGCGUGAAGUGGAGGCAAAGAAAAAACUUGCUGCUUUCCGAAAGCGCCGUGAAGAGCAAGGCCUUCCAAAUGCCCCGGUCCCAAAGGUGAACUGGGGUCAGGAAUACGCUUCCGUUAUCGACCGCGAAUUGGUUGCUGCGAAGCGCAUUCGUUAUGACACGCUUGCGUCCAAUACUACGGAGCGUGAUGAGGCACAGAUUGAGGCCGUCCUUCAACAGUACAAAAAGCCUGCGCAGGACAAACGAUUGGAUGAUUUGGUGGAGCUUCUUGAACGCUUUAAGCCUGUUUUGGCUCGAGAAGCAAUUAUGCAGCGUUUGACCAUCAAGCAUCUUGAGGGUCAGUUGGGUGUGUGGCGUUACAUGGAUUGGUGUCCGGAGGUGCGUGAUCGAGCAGAGUUGGAGGUGGACAUCACGGGUUGGCAGUGGUGGUCUCCCCUGGAAGAGCGCCGUCUUUUGCCAGUACGGCUGCGUUCAGUAAACGAAGUACGUGAUAUUAUGGCUAAGACACAGGCAAAGAAAUUAUCUGAAAGUGCUGAAAAGAAUCCGCGGGCCUCACAAUCCAGUGGGGGUGACAACGCUCGUGAUCGACUACUGAAGGAGGUCCUUGCUUUACAGGCUCGCAUCAACCAGCGUGAAGAGGUUGACGCUUCCAAGAGCGACCAUAAAAAGAAAGCACAUCACUAG